AUGGCCACACUGAAUCAAGUCAUUAAAAAGUGUCGCAAAUCAAAAAAGAACGUCAGCAAAUCACCAGCAUUGGAUGACUGCUAUCAGCGAAAAGGCGUUUGCAACAAGGUGUACACGACAAAACCUAAAAAGCCCAACUCUGCUCAACGUAAGGUCGCGCGUGUCAAGCUCACCAACGGCAAGUCAGUGAUUGCAUACAUUCCUGGUGAAGGCCACAACUUGCAGGAACAUUCUGUUGUGUUGGUCCGUGGUGGUCGUGUUCCCGAUUUGCCAGGUGUUCGAUACCAUUUGGUGCGUGGUGCUUUGGAUUUACAAGGCGUUGCUACCCGUACUACGAGUCGCUCCAAGUAUGGCACCAAGAAGCCUUCCAAGAACUAG